UUAUGUUUUGUUUUCCUCAGUUGAGUAGAGCACGUUUUAUUGUGUUCUUUUUUUUAUCGUGAUGUUGUGAAUUAUUGUUUUGUGUCAACUUUUGUGUGUGUGAUUGACGGUGCAAAGAUGUCUUCUGACGAGGAUGUGCGAGCCAUUUCGGUUGGCGAAUUGAGCAAAAUCAGGGAGGAAUUGGAGGCAUCCCUUGUGCGGGGCAAGGUCAUCACUGUGAAUUUGCAAGUGCACAGGAAGCUGUGUUUGGUGCACGCCAACUCAUCUGAAAAGUCGAAAAAGGUUCGUCCUCCGUUCGGCAUCGCCUUGGAAACUUUACCUAAAGUUCGAAUUGAAUUGAAAAACGGAGCGGAAGCCUUCGUACCUCGCAUCAUCAACGAUUUGGUCGAAAUCAUCAGGACGAAAUCUACGGACGUGCCUUUAGUUUUUCGGAAAGCGGGUUCAGUCAGCCGUGUUCGCUACCUCGAGUGGUGUGACUGGGCCACACAACUGGGCAUGCCCAUGCAGUGGCCAAAAUCUAAUUGA